AUGACGUCAGCUGAUCCCAACCCCCUGACCACUCACGUGCUGAACACCGGAGACGGCGUCCCGGCGGCCAAGAUGGAUGUCAGCCUGCACCGGCUCGACUCCACGCUGAUGAUCUGGAACAUGCUGAGUGUCGGGACUACAAAUGAAGAUGGCCGCUGCUCAGGACUCGUCAGCAGAGAAGCGUUCAGCCCCGGCAUGUACAAGCUGCGCUUUGAGACGGGUUCCUACUGGGAGAACAUGGGUCAGAACUCCUUCUACCCAUAUGUAGAGGUUGUGUUUACCAUCACUGAGACGGAGCAGAGGUUUCACCUCCCUCUGCUGAUGAGUCGCUUCUCCUACAGCACGUACAGAGGAAGCUGAGAGCAGCUUGAACCAGCGUUCUCAUUCAUAAAGAGAGACAUGAAUACAAGUAUAAGAGUGUAACAAACACAACAGGAUAAUCACCAGAAACACACACACACACACACACACACACACACACACAC